AUGGUUACCACCAGAAGCCUUUCUGCCCUCAUUGCCGGCUGCUUUUGCAGUCUUGCUGCGGCUGCUCCUACUCCCACCACUGUUGAAGUUACCAACUCCGUUGAUAAGCGUGCUACCGUCAGUGAUGCAGCUUUUGGCUACGCUAGUCUAAAUGGCGGCACAACUGGUGGCGCAGGUGGUACUACCACCACAGUAUCUUCCUACGCUGCUUUCACGGCUGCUGUCUCCGGUGACAGCAAGAAGGUCGUCUAUGUUUCUGGCCCCAUCACACAGACCGCCGACCAGGUCAAGGUGGGGAGCAACACCAGCAUCAUCGGGAAAAGCUCUACGGCUAUCCUGACCGGCUUUGGCCUUCUGGUCAAAGAGGAAUCGAACGUUAUUAUCCGCAAUCUAGGCGUCAAGAAAGUUCUUGCAGACAACGGCGACGCCAUUGGUGUUCAGUAUUCCACCAACGUCUGGAUCGAUCACUGCGAUGUUUCCUCCGACAUGGACCAUGAUAAGGACUACUACGACGGUCUGAUUGAUCUCACUCACGCUGCUGACUACAUCACCGUCUCGAACACAUUCUUUCACGACCACUGGAAAGCAUCCUUGAUUGGCCACUCUGACAACAACGGCGAUGAAGACACUGGACACCUCCGCGUUACAUAUGCCAACAACUACUGGUACAACAUCAACUCCCGUGCUCCCUCCAUUCGCUUCGGAACCGGUCACAUCUACAACAGCUACUUCCUCGCCGUCAACGAUGGUAUCAAUACCCGCGACGGUGCCCAGAUCCUGGUUCAGUCUAAUGUCUUUGAUGGGGUCGACAAGCCUCUCUACUCCACCGAUGACGGUUAUGCUGUUGCUAGCGACAACGACUUUGGCGAUGGUGAGAAUACCGCUGAAACGGGCACCCUGACUACCGUGCCUUACUCAUACACUCUGCUUGGCUCUGCAAAUGUCAAAGCUGCUGUAUAUGGUACUGCAGGGCAAACCCUUACAUUCUAA